UCAAGAGCAGACUGAUUGUUAAUUUUUUUUUUUUGGGACAAGAGAAUUGGUGAUCAAAUUAUGACCUCGAAAACGUCAAUGACGCAGUCAAAUUGUGUUAAAGACAGGACACACUCUCAAUCAAAUUGUCUUGUGCGAAUAGAAAAAAUGUCGGCUUUGUGCCCCGUCUGCAACCUUACGCUUCCUCACGACCAAAUCGAAAGCCAUGUGAAUGCCCACUUCGACGACGAUAAAAUCGAUCCACAAAUCGCAAGCGAUCACCACUUGGCUCUGCAACUCGCCUCUACUUCUGAUCCUUCUCCUUCUUCCUCUGCCUCAUCAUCCAACCUCGACGACAAAGCUGCGUCCUUGGUGCGUUCACAGACCAAGAGCCCGUUUUACAGUGUAGGAAAUGGUGGUUUGAUUUGUUUGCUGAAGACUUGUCUGGAAUCAGAGCUGAAAUCGAAGUCGAAACCUUUAGAGUGCAGUACCAGUUUGCUCUCUGGCUUUGUUGAUCAUUUCCAAGCCUCAAAGGAGGAUAAAGGUUGGGGUUGCGGAUGGCGGAACAUUCAAAUGCAAUGCUCUCACUUGCUUUCUCAUAGACAAGAAGCUAAAAGAGUUCUCUUUGGUGGCUCUAACUUUGUUCCUGACAUUCCCUCGCUCCAACGCUGGCUAGAGUUAGCCUGGAACAAUGGUUUUGAUGUCGCUGGAGCCCUCCAUUUCAAUAACCAAAUCUGCGGUUCCAAGAGAUGGAUUGGAACCACUGAAUGUGCUGCGCUGUUACGUUCUUUCGGGUUAAAAGCCAGAGUUGUUGAUUUUGCUCCCAAGAAAUCUCAAGCAAUGUAUCUUUCAGUCCCUGGUUCUACUAUUGCUCCCAAGAUAAAGUCAUAUGGUCCCAUGGACAGAUUUGUGAUCAAAAAGGGCGAAAGUGGGAAGGGAAAAACAGUUGACUCUCAUGGUUCUAAUCUUUCUAGGACCAGCAAAGGAGCAGUUUUAAUGGGUUGGGUUUGGAAUUACUUCUCAGACAACAGAUUAAACGUUUCCUCUGGUGUUCAUAUGACUAGCAAAGCGCCCUUGUAUUUUCAACAUGAAGGGCACUCAAGAACAAUUGUUGGGAUUCAGAGACGGUUGCAAGGAACCACAUUUACUCCUCAGUACAAUCUCCUGAUUUUGGACCCUGGUGAUUUUACUAGAGGCAUAGAGAAAGCACUUGUAGAGAAGAGAGGGUGGGAGGGAUUUCUUAAAAGAGGAGCUCACACACUGACGUGUCCCGAGUAUCAGAUUUUGUACGUUGAUAAUGGGAUCGCUGAUGGAGAGGAGUUGGAGCAGCUAAAGACCAUUGAUAGUCACUUUGUUGAAUUCUAUUGUCUUCCAUAAAUUUGAAGAGGGGUUAUCGAUGGACUCUUAGAUUAGUUGCAAUUGUAUACUGUAUAUUAUAUAACAUUUUUGUGUACUAUAUAAUGUGGUAAGAAUUAUUUCAAACAAUUUUCAUUUGUG